AUGGCCAAGAUUUGGUGCAGUAUUGUGCAAAAUAAUCAAUGCAAACAUUUAAUCUCUUCCAGGUUUUCAGACAAGAAAGAAAGGCUGAUGCAUCUUAAAACCAAACAGAGAGAAUUCCAAAAACACGUUUUGAAGGCCAUGGAAGGGAAAGAGAUAACUGUUAAACUGAGAUGGAAAAUAAUGUCUUGCAAGAUGAGGAUUGAGCAGUUGAAACAGACCAUUUGCAAAGAAAAUGAUGAAAUGACAAGACACACAGAGGGGCUCCUGAGAAUUAAAGAGGAGAACCAGAAGCAUUAUCGCAGGGCUCAGCGGCACCAGGAGAAGAAAGAGAAGAUCCAGAGGCAUAACCGCAGGCUGGGAGACCUGGUGGAGAAAAAAACCUAUGACUUGAAAACCCAGCACGAGCAUCUGGCAAAUCUUCGCCGGACACACAUCCUGGAGCUAACAUCAGUCAUAUUUCCCAUUGAAGAAGUAAAGACAAGCAUGAGAGAUCCUGCAGAUGUGUCUUCUGAGAGUGACAAUGCGAUGACCUCUAGCACUGUGAGCAAGCUCGCGGAAGCCAGGAGAACCACUUAUCUCUCUGGACGGUGGGUGUGUGAUGACCAUAACGGGGACACCAGCAUCGGCAUCACAGGGCCUUGGAUAACCCUUCCUAAUAAUGGAGAUUAUUCAGCUUAUUACAACUGGGUGGAAGAGAAGAAAACUACACAAGGACCAGAUAUGGAACAUAAUAACCCUGCUUAUACCAUCAGUGCUGCAUUGUGCUAUGCAACUCAGCUCGUUAACACUUUGUCUCUCAUACUUGAUGUAAAUCUUCCGAAGAAGCUCUGUAACAGCGAGUUCUGCGGAGAGAAUCUCAGCAGACACAGGUUCACGCGGGCAGUGAAGAAACUGAAUGCUAAUAUCCUUCACCUUUGUUUCUCUCAGCAUGUAAAUUUAGAUCUGUUGCACCCACUGCAUACGCUCAGGAACCUCAUGUACCUGGUCAGCCCAGACACGGAGAACUUGGGCAGGUCCGGUCCCUUCGAGAUCAGCGCCGACCUCGAAGACUCCAUGGAGUUCGUGGAUCCCAGCGGCAGCGGCGAGACGGACGAGAGCGGCGACGAGCGCGUGAGCGACGAGGAGACGGACCUGGGCACGGAUUGGGAGAACCUGCCGAGCCCCCGCUUCUGCGACAUCCCCUCGCAGCCGGCGGAGCUGCUGCAGAGCCAGAGCGCGCAGGCGUCGCAGCCCAUCGCCAGCAGCAGCGCCGGCGGGAUGAUCUCCUCCGCCGCCGCCUCCGUCACCUCCUGGUUCAAGGCCUACACCGGGCACCGCUGA